GAUAUUCCCACAAAAUCACGCCUAUUCGAGGCUAUUUCACUCGAAAACACGUGAAGUCACUUGACGCUGGAAGAUCCAAGCACCAACCUAGGCAUUUUGCGCUGCCGCAUAGCAUAGCAUUGCACGAGACCUGGCACAUGAUCUCCCGUAAGUUCAUUUUCGAGCUUUCUAUCUCUAUACCUCUCGUCGUCUUCUGUUGCGCAGCAAUUCGAGAUCGGGUAUCGUUGCUGUCGCAGUCAUUAUCAUCAGAGUCAAUUCUUUAUUCUUUCAAUUUGCGACAUCGCCAUCAUCAGCUUUUUUUUUUUUUUCUUCUAGCGAAAAUAUGCGAAAUUUUUUAUUUUGCGUCCGCAGUUCAUCGCACCUCUCACGAUGAUCUACUUAGAUGCAAAAAACUGUACGACUUGCAGAUCUCGUCUGUAAAUGACGUGGAGGUCCAUCUAAGUCGCAAUCCCCAAUGCGCCCUUAACCAUCUAUAAUCUAUUGGCCGUGACAAGAUUGGAAUCUGUCACAUACUUUUGCGCGUACGGUUCGUGUACGCGCCGUGUAUAGACCGUGUCGGCGGUG